AUCUAGGACAAACCAUAUUCAUUUCAAAGUUAAUUUUCUCUCUCUUCACCAAAGAAAAUCUGGAAAACUCUCUCAUUCUCAAACAAACCCUAGCCGGUGGUCGUUACAUUGCUCCACCAUCUUCAUCCUCUCCUUUUCAUCUGUAAUUAUACUAAAAGGAGCGGCGAAAUAUCAAUUGAAGAAGUUAACCUUUCACUGCAUAAUAGCAAUGGCAGAGAAACCCCAACCGGUUCGUGUAUUAUACUGCCAAGUUUGCAGUUUACCUCCUGAAUAUUGCGAAUUCGGCGGAUCCGAUUUUGAGAAAUGUAAACCCUGGUUGAUCCAAAACGUACCUGAUUUAUAUCCCAAUCUUCUUAACGAGGCGAAUGAGAAAGAAGUUGGUAAAGUUGCUGAUAAGUUACAAGGAACUGGUAUUUCUUCUGCUGCUGCUUCUAGUGCUGGUGGUGCUGCUUCAUCUGCAGCGAAGCCGGAGGAGGUCAAGCGUCUUCCAGGUGGGAAGGUAAAGAAAAAGGACAAGCAAGAGGUUAUUAUUGAGAAGGUCGUACGUAACAAACGGAAAUCUAUCACCACCGUGAAAGGCUUAGAACUUUUCGGUGUCAAGCUCAGUGAUGCUUCAAAGAAACUCGGGAAAAAGUUCGCUACAGGAGCCUCAGUUGUCAAGGGCCCAACUGAGAAAGAGCAAAUUGAUGUACAAGGGGAUAUAUCUUAUGACGUCGUGGAAUUCAUUACAGAUACAUGGCCUGACGUUCCAGAAAGAGCAAUUUUCUUUAUAGAAGAUGGGAAAAAGGUUCCAGCUGCUUGAUUUUGACUAUUUAUAAAAAAAAAACACUCUGGACUGGUGACUAGAAAAGAAUCAGUUAUUUUGCUGGAUUUUGAAAGGAAUGGCUGAUAAACUUGGUAUUUAAUGUUUAAACACUACUUUUAGCCAUUAAACAUAUAUUACAUCAUGGUCCAAUGUGUAUUUUCAGUUAAAUUAUGUUCAAUGAAGUAAUGAACUGUGUGCGUAUAGAAGCAAAAGAAUGAAAAUGGUUUAUUUGCUUCAA